AGCUCGUCUCCCAUCCAACCUCCUAAAGACCUCUCUCCCUUGCUUUUCUUCCAAGAGAUACACAAAAGAAAUCAGAAAUGACCGACCAAAAACCAGAAGCCACCAAAGUGGCUUCUCAAAUCCCCCAUGACUCCAUCCCCAAGGCCGUCGCCCCACGGCCUUGCCGUAACAGCAAGUUUGCCUUCGCUUGCGGCAUGCUCGCCUCCAUGACCACCAUCAUCUUAGGCUAUGACAUUGGAGUGAUGAGUGGCGCUGCAUUAUUCAUCAAAGACGACUUCCACGUGAGUGACACUCAGAUAGAGAUCCUCCUUGGCAUCCUCAACCUCUCCUCCCUCGUCGGCUCCCUCGCCGCCGGCAGGACAGCCGACUGGAUCGGCCGCCGCUACACCAUCGUCUUCGCCGCCGUCAUCUUCUUCGUCGGCGCAAUCGUGAUGGGCGUCGCCCCCAACUACGCCUUCCUCAUGGUCGGCCACCUCAUCACCGGCAUCGGCGUCGGCUACGCCAUCGUGAUCGCCGCCGUCUACACCGUCGAGGUGGCCCCCGCCUCCUCCCGCGGCUUCCUGACCUCCUUCCCGGAGGUCUUCAUCAAUUCCGGCAUCCUCCUCGGCUACGUCUCCAGCUUCGCCUUCGCCAACCUCCCGGAGCACCUGGGCUGGCGCCUCAUGCUCGGCGUCGGCGCCAUCCCCUCCAUCUUCCUCGGCGUCAGCGUCCUUGCCAUGCCAGAGUCCCCCCGGUGGCUCGUCAUGCACGUCAUGCUCGCCGCGGCCAAGAAGGUCCUUGCCAAGACCUCCGACACCCCGGAAGAAGCCGAGGAACGCCUCCUCGACAUCAAGAAUGUCGCCGGCAUCCCCGCCGACUGCAACGAUGACGUGGUAGCGAUCCAGAAGAAGAGCCACGGCGAGGGAGUGUGGAAGGAGCUCUUGCUGAGGCCAACGCCGUCGGUCCGCCGUGUCUUGGUGUCAGCGAUCGGAAUCCAGUUCUUCCAGCAGGCCUCCGGUAUCGGCUCUUUGGUGCUCUACAGCCCCCGAGUCUUUGAAAAAGCCGGAAUUCAUGGCAAAGACAAGCUGCUUGGUACGACGGUGGCGGUCGGAUUCACCAAAACUUUGUCCAUCCUGGUGGCAACCUUCCUGUUAGACCGUCUUGGGCGGCGACCUUUGUUGUUGAGCAGCACAGGAGGGAUGAUAGUGUCUCUAGCCGCGCUUGGGCUCGGGCUCUCCAUCAUCGAUCACCACCCGAAUGGGCAGCUCCCAUGGGCCAUCGGCCUCUCCAUCGCAUCGAUAUUGGCCUAUGUUGCCUUCUUUUCGAUCGGUCUAGGCCCGAUAAAUUUGGUGUAUAGCUCAGAGAUCUUCCCCAUGCGGCUAAGAGCACAGGGUGUGAGUGUUGGGGUGGUUGUGAACCGGGUAACAAGUGGUGUGAUCACGAUGACUUUUAUAUCACUCUACAAAGCCAUUACGAUCGGCGGGAGCUUCUUCUUGUAUGCUGGGAUCGCUGCGCUGGGAUGGGUGUUCUUCUUUACUUACUUGAAGGAGACCAGAGGGAAGACUCUGGAGGAGAUGGAGAAUAUGUUUGGAAAGAAAAUAGAAGAGAAGAUGGAUGGACAAGUUCAGAUGGUGGAUGGGGCUGGGGGAGGGCGUAACGGGUAACAAUGAUAACUUCAGGGUGUUUUCUGUAAAAUAAUAACAGAGGUACAAGCCUGGUAAGAAAGACUUGUGACGAAAAGUCAUGCGCAGAAGAGAUGCCUCACCCUUUUCUUGGCUUCGACAGCAAUCAUCGAUGGCGAUGUCUCACCCACUUUUUUAUGACAUUUGGCACGUGAUGAGGGGUCUCUAUCGAUAUUUGUUACGUGUAUAGUGAGACUAACAGCAUUGUUGAUUGAAUGGCUUUUUAUAUACUAGAACAUACCAGCGAGACGGUGUGGACUGAUGUAGCAGGAUUUCUCUAGUCUUUCGAGGGAUUCUUUAUUCUGAUCUUUUUCGUUGUAUUCUUAUUAGAAUGAUAUCAACAUUUCUAU